UAGGUUUUCUUCUGCGAUGGAAGAUGAUGCUGAUCUUUCCCCGUAUGAUCGACACUGAUUCGGCGAUUUUCUUAUUGAACAGCCCCUCUGGGGCGUUCGAAGCCAGAAUACUCUGAUUCCUUCUUCAUCGCGUCUUGCUUGUCUCUUCUCUUUUUUCAUUUUCCUUGUGGAAAAGCGGCGAAGGUGAUGUCUAAUCUUUCCCCGUAUGAUCGACACUGAUUCGGCAAAAUCUUGUUGGCUGUCCCUCGAGGGCAGCUAAAGCCAGAUCGAUCUGAUUCGCCCCCUUCUCUUUUUUUUCAAGCUUUUUUCGUAAUGGGUUGGGUGUGAUGAAGCUUAGAACCUUACCUACAUUGUCUGAAACGCUGUGUAGAGACCAAACUUUAGAGGCUGCUUCUGACCCAACGCGAAUGCCCAUCUCCGGCAUCUCGAAACCAAGCUUUGAAGCGAUCAAAACUCGUAGAGAACGUUUUGUUUCUCCAGAUGCCAUGGCAAAGGUUUUGGAUGAACUUUGAGCUUUCAAAUCGAACACACCAGAACUUGUUUCGCAAACUCGCAAGCUAUCCAGCAAAUGCCCGGUAUGGGCAUCUUGAAAGAACAAAGAAACGUUUGGGACGAAAAUUUAGGGCUUUUCUGGAAUGGCGCUGGUUGUGAUGUGUGGGCAGCCCUGCAGCGGCAAAUCGGCGGCGGCCGCCAGCCUCAUCCGCGGCCUUGAAGCUGCGAGCUUGCCACACGCGGUGAAGCUCAUCGAUGAGACGUCGCUGGGGUUGGAUCGAAACGAGAGCUAUCAAGAUAUGUUUCACGAGAAGAACUUGCGAGGACUGCUGAGAUCGGCUGUGGAUCGCGCGGUCACCAAGGAGGUGAUUGUCGUCAUUGAUUCACUCAACAAUAUCAAGGGAUAUAGAUACGAGCUUUGGUGCUUGGCCCGUGCUGCUGGAGUCCAAUACUGCGUGAUCUACUGUGACGCAGGUGAAGAUGAUUGCCGGAGCUGGAAUAAGUCGAAGUUUGAUCGGGGCGAUCCUUGCUAUGAUGAUAAAAUAUUUGACGACUUGGUUCGAAGGUUUGAGCGUCCUGAUAGAAGGAAUCGUUGGGAUACGCCACUGUUUGAGUUGAGACCAUCUGAAGGAGAGUUCACAGAAUCGUCUACACCAAUUGUAGAGGCUGUUGCGUUUCUCACUGGAAACGAGAAAGGGAGAAAGGUUUCUCGGAUACUCCAGCCAACAAUUGCUACUCAAACUGCACGGAUUUCCGAGACAAACUCGCUAUACGAGCUUGAUCGUGCCACUCAGGACGUGAUCAACGCUCUCGUCGAGUCUCAAACGCAAGAACUUGGCUCACUCGUGGAUAUUGGAGAAGGAUUGCCGAAGAUCAGGUUGCAAAAACGAAUCGGCCUCCCAGAGCUCCGCCGCCACCGAAGAACUUUCAUCCGGCUCGCAGGACAGUCGAGCCUCUCAGGUCCACCGCCACCGUCGGACAGUCUCAGCGCCAAGCGAAUGUUUGCCGACUAUCUCAACAGAGAACUCAGUGACCAAGUUCCGAGCUCCUAGAUCACUGUGGUACGUUUGUCAAAAACUAGUUUUUGUUCUUGGCAGAUAAAGAACAUUUUCUCAAGAUCAAACUAUUGUGAGGUAAGGUUAAAAGCUGCGAGUGUUUGCCAGCUAGUGAUCAAGUUCCCAGCUAAAUCACUGAGGUCUAUUUGUCAAAAACUAGUUCUUGGUAGGCAUUCUCUCAAGAUCAAAAUAACGAUUCUAUCAUGCUAAAACACUAGGAAUUAAGUUCCAAAGUUCUUGACCAGCUAGGGAUCUCCAAAGGCUGGCCAAACGCCACUACUUGACUCAAUUCCAGGUGUUUUGCUUCGUCAGCCA